GGAGUAGACGCGACCUGAUGACGCUCGUCUCUUGGUGGCGAACGGUGAUGAUGUCAUCGAGGGCCAGCCUUUCCACGAGUGACCCGUUUCCGACCCGCACCAGAGCCUGCGAGGGGUGUAGUCUUGGAGUCAGCCGCGGAGCGACGCCGGGAAUUGGGAUGGUGACGUUGGUGAGGUGGAUCUUACCGAGGCCAUUUGGAUUCUCAAGAAUACUUUUCAAAGUGGAAAACUGUAGAAUAUCUGAAUCAGAAUCACUGACUCCACUAUCUUGGACAUCACAAAUACAGAAGCAUAGCAGAGCACCUUUCUUGUUGGAUCAAAGAAAAAAAUUCUCAACUAUGCCUGAAAUAGAAACAGACCAGAGAGACUCUGAAUUGUUUUCACCACCCUCUAAUGUUCGAGGAAUGACAAAACUUGAUAGAACAGCUUUUAAAAAGACAGUAACCAUCCCAGUGCUUAAAGUUAGGAAAGAAAUAGUCGAUAAAUUGAUGCGAUCCCUUAAAAGGGCAGCACUGCAGCGCCCAGGCAUAAAACGUGUGAUUGAAGAUCCAGAAGAUGAAGAAAGUAGACUAAUUAUGUUGGAUCCCUAUAAAAUAUUUACUGAUGACUCCUUUGAGAGAGCAGAACUCAGUAUUUUAAAGCAGCUUAAUGUCAAUCCACAGAUUUCUAAAUACAGUUUGGAACUAACUUAUGAAAACUUUAAGUCAGAAGAAAUCUUGAAAGCUGUGCUUCCUGAAGGUCAAGAUGUGACUUCAGGUUUUAGCAGAGUUGGACAUAUUGCCCAUCUGAACCUUCGAGAUCAUCAACUACCUUUCAAGCACUUAAUUGGCCAAGUUAUGAUUGACAAAAAUCCAGGAAUCACCUCAGCAGUAAAUAAAAUCAAUAAUAUUGAUAAUACAUACCGAAAUUUCCAAAUGGAAGUGCUAUCUGGAGAGGAGAACAUGAUGACCAAGGUUCGAGAAAACAGCCACACCUAUGAAUUUGAUUUUUCAAAAGUCUAUUGGAAUCCUCGUCUCUCUACAGAACACAGUCGUAUCACAGAACUUCUCAAACCUGGGGAUGUACUGUUUGAUGUUUUUGCUGGGGUUGGGCCUUUUGCCGUUCCAGCAGCAAAGAAAAACUGCACUGUAUUUGCUAAUGAUCUCAAUCCUGAAUCCCAUAAAUGGCUGUUGCACAAUUGUAAAUUAAAUAAAGUGGACCAAAAGGUGAAAGUCUUUAACUUGGAUGGGAAAGACUUCCUUCAAGGACCAGUGAGAGAAGAGUUAAUGCAGCAGCUGGGACCACUGUCAAAAGAAAGAAAACACUCUGUGCACAUUGUCAUGAACUUGCCCGCAAAGGCUAUCGAGUUUCUCAGUGUUUUCAAGUCACUUUUAGAUGGGCCACCAUGCAGCACUGAGCUUCUUCCCAUAGUGCACUGUUACAGCUUUUCCAAAGAUCCUAAUCCUGCUAAGGAUGUUCAGCAACAAGCUGGGGCUGUGUUAGGCAUUUCCUUGGAGGCAUGCAGUUCAAUUCACCCAGUAAGAAAUGUAGCCCCUAACAAGGAAAUGUUAUGUAUCACCUUCCGGAUUCCUGCUGCUGUACUCUACAAGAACCAGACCCUAAAUCUAGAGAAUCAUGACGAUCCACCUCUUAAACGCCAGAGGACAGAAAAAAAAGUCUUUUCAGAAGAAAAAACUCAAAUUGCCUCAGUCACUUAAUUGGAAAAAGUUUUCUCUGUUUCCCCACUAGACACUUACGUAAUGAAAUAUAACUUGUAUGGUUUCAUAAAAUGUUAGCUAGGAACUUUAGAAUUGAACACUUCUGUUUUGCUCUUGCUGUCUUAUAAGUUGAAGAUUAUCGAAUUAGAAUUUAAAUGAAAUAAAUCUACUAAGCAUA